GCGCGCUAAGGGCCGGAGUCCCGGCAGCAGGUGGGCGCGGGGAAGGCUGGCGGCGGCGGGCCGGGGACUGCCGGGCGGCGCUCGGGCCGGACGCACCGGCCUUGAGGAGCGCCAUGGACUUCAACAUGAAGAAGCUGGCGUCGGACGCUGGCAUCUUCUUCACCCGGGCCGUGCAGUUCACAGAGGAGAAAUUCGGCCAGGCCGAGAAGACCGAGCUUGACGCCCACUUUGAGAGCCUCCUGGCCCGGGCAGACAGCACCAAGAACUGGACCGAGAAGAUCUUGAGGCAGACAGAGGUGCUGCUGCAGCCCAACCCCAGCGCCCGAGUGGAGGAGUUCCUGUAUGAGAAGCUGGACAGGAAGGUGCCCUCGCGGGUCACCAAUGGGGAGCUGCUGGCGCAGUACAUGGCCGAGGCGGCCAGUGAGCUGGGGCCCACCACCCCCUACGGGAAGACGCUGAUCAAGGUGGCGGAAGCGGAAAAGCGCCUGGGAGCGGCCGAGAGAGAUUUCAUCCACACGGCCUCCAUCAACUUCCUCACGCCCCUGCGCAACUUCCUGGAAGGGGACUGGAAGACGAUUUCGAAGGAGAGGCGGCUCCUGCAGAACCGGCGUCUAGACCUGGAUGCCUCCAAAGCGCGGCUCAAGAAGGCCAAAGCUGCCGAAGCCAAAGCCACGACGGUGCCUGACUUUCAGGAGACUAGACCGCGUAAUUACAUUCUCUCGGCCAGCGCCUCCGCGACUCUGGAGGACAAUUGCCGCCCCCCUUCCUGGGCCGAGUGGAAGGAGGACUAUCCAGGAGGGUGGAGACGGCCCUGUUUUUUUCUUGUGCCUUUGAACCCCAGUCUGACUCUGGCACGAGGCUGCCUUUCUCUGCCGAAGGACGGAAAGCUCUGGAAUGAUGAGGUGGACAAGGCUGAGCAGGAGCUCCGAGUGGCCCAGACGGAGUUUGACCGCCAGGCGGAAGUGACCCGGCUCCUGCUGGAGGGGAUCAGCAGCACCCAUGUGAACCACCUUCGCUGCCUGCAUGAGUUCGUCGAGUCUCAGACCACGUACUAUGCCCAGUGCUACCGCCACAUGCUGGACCUCCAGAAGCAGCUGGGCAGAUUCCCAGGCACCUUCGUGGGCACCACCGAGCCCACCUCCCCAGCCCUCAGCAGUACCUCGCCCACCACCGCCGCAGCCACGAUGCCCAUGGGGCCCUCUGUGGCCGACCUGGCCCCUCCAGGGGAGGCUGCUCUCCGCCUGGAGGAGGUGGCCCCACCGGCCAGCGGAACCCGGAAAGCCCGCGUUCUCUAUGACUACGAGGCAGCAGACAGCAGCGAGCUGGCCCUGCUCGCCGAUGAGCUCAUCACUGUCUAUAGCCUGCCUGGCAUGGACCCCGACUGGCUCAUUGGCGAGAGAGGCAACAAGAAGGGCAAGGUCCCCGUCACCUACUUGGAACUGCUCAGCUGAGCAGGCCCCCUCCCCCAGGCCCUGCCCUCUGCCCUGGGCGCGGGGAAUGGGUGCAGCCCCGCCUCGUGUCUGUUGGUGACCCAGCUGCUCAGCGUGGGGAGGCUCACCCCAGCCCCAUCCUGCCCCUUGGCCGUCCAGCUGCGAGGGGCCCCAGAGGCUGAAUGAUCCCGGCUCCUCUCCCGGCCUGCUUCUGACCUGUUUCUGGAGCCCCCCCACCCCUGCCUGCGUCCCUGAGCCCCCCAGCCCUCUGGCUCCUGUUCAGGAGGGCAGGCCUGGCUGCAGCAGCUGCGUUCAGUGCCCCGGCCCAUGGAGGGGGUCAGUGCAAGACGGGCUGAGGAUGCCCUGGGGCGCACCCUUGGCCAGAGAAGAGUACCUGCCUUUUAGUUGCCAAAAGCAGCAAAGGAGGCGAGGUAGGCAGGCAGGCAGGUCUGUGGCGGGCCGGGGACAGGGGUGCAGUCCCCCAGGGAUGCGCUGCAGCGGAGGGGAGCCUGGCUGGAGCGGCCCUCCCCUCCCAGCCCUAUUGCUAGAGCCAAGUCUGGUGGCUGCCGCCUGCACUCUCCACACUCACUUUUUAACGGAUCUUUUUACUCCGCCUGUCUGCUUGCUCUCUAGCCAGUGACCAAUAAUAAACCAUCCUCCGUGUGCA